CAAACUUCUUUUUACAUUUUACUCGAGUCUUCCCUCUCUCCUUCGGCGCUCUCUCCCCACUUCCCUUCACAUAAUUCCCAAUCGAAGCCUCUCUCCCCAGACGACUCCCGGCAGUCCAGUCGGCACCGGCGACUUCUCCUUUUUCUCUUCAGGGACGAUAAAUCUUCUCUCUCCCCAGUCAGCGAUAUCUCCUUCUCCCUCCCGUCGGCGACAUCUCCCACUUCCCGGUCAGCGCCUCUCUCUCCCACUUCACCAGCCCAGUCGGUACCGGCGACGUCUCCUUUCUCUCCCCAGUCAUAUCUCCUUCUCUCCUCUCCAGUGUGGCGACAUCUCCCACUUUCCAGUUGGAGACAACUCUUCCCUCUCCCUAGUCGGAGACGGCAUCGGCUACAUCUCAUUCUCUCUUCCCAGUCGGUUACUCUUUCCAAUUGACUCUUCUCUCCCCCACAUCACUGACACUGCCGGAGACAACCCUUCUCUCCCCAAUCGGCGUCGGCGACGUCUCCGUUGACUGGAACUCUCUUCAGAUUCUUGAAAUGUUGGGUCUUCCUCAGCGCUGUCAAUGGCUAUAUCUCAUUUCCUGAAAUUCUUGUUUGCCAUUGGUGUUUGGUGUACUGUUUAUGUUACCGUUGCAAUAAUUUCCUAUUUCCGGGGCUUCAGCUCUCUCCGUGCCUUCUGAUUAGCGCAGCUAGCAGUUUGAAGAAGCUACAAUGGGCUAUGCACAACUUGUAAUUGGCCCUGCAGGCAGUGGGAAGUCCACAUAUUGCUCUAGUUUGUACCAACACUGUGAAACAGUUGGGCGGUCAAUAAACAUUGUGAACCUCGAUCCUGCGGCAGAAAAUUUUGACUAUCCUGUGGCUAUGGAUAUCAGGGAACUCAUUUCCUUGGAUGAUGUUAUGGAGGAACUGGGUCUCGGUCCCAAUGGAGCUCUGAUUUAUUGCAUGGAAGAGCUUGAAGACAAUCUGGAUGACUGGUUGGCAGAAGAGCUGGAAAAUUACAGGGAUGAUGACUAUCUAGUUUUUGACUGCCCAGGCCAGAUAGAACUUUUUUCACAUGUGCCGGUGCUUCGGAACUUUGUGGAGCAUUUGAAGAGUAAAAAUUUCAAUGUCUGUGCUGUUUACUUGAUUGAUUCACAGUUCAUCACUGAUGUGACCAAGUUUAUCAGUGGAUGCAUGGCAUCUCUUUCUGCAAUGGUACAACUUGAAUUGCCUCAUGUUAAUAUCCUCUCCAAAAUGGACCUCGUAACCAACAAAAAGGAUAUUGAAGAUUACUUGAAUCCGGAGCCUCGUGCCUUGUUGUCAGAACUGAAUCAACGCAUGGCCCCACAGUUUUUAAAGCUAAAUAAAGCUUUGAUUGAACUGUUUUUAAUGGUCAGGUGGAUGAGUAUAGCAUGGUGAAUUUUGUUCCGCUUGACCUAAGGAAGGAGAGCAGCAUACAGUAUGUUUUGGGGCAAAUAGACAACUGCAUUCAAUAUGGAGAAGAUGCGGAUGUAAAGGUUAGAGAUUUUGAUCCACCGGAUGAAGACUAGACCUGCUAUGUCAACGCAUAAUGUUACCAAGGAUACUGGCGUGGUUGCAACCAUUCCAUUAAAUGAACACUCCUUUUGACUUUGUAAUCACAUUAAAGAAAGUUUGUUGAGUAGUGCUGGUCAUAAUUUGGUGAUCGAUGUGCACAGUUUCGAGGCUCCUCUUCCUGAAUUGUCUCAGAUUUUAUUUGCUCAUAUCUGUGGGGUUGCCUUUUGCUUUUUCCCCUCUCUCCAAAAAAUAAAAAAAAUGGUGCUGAGCAGAAAUCUCUUUUAACUUA